GGCGAUCAGUUCGGCCUCUUGCUGGUCGUGGGCGUCGAUCUUUCGUUGAAGGCUCACGAGAAGCACCUGACGCUUGCUCGCGUUCGGCAGAAUUGAGAAUGAGAUGUCAAAUCGCAUAUACAAGAUUUUUGACCCCACGGCAGGAUUGACAUUGACGCCUGCGAGUUGUCAAUCUUCUCUUCAGUUUCAGCAAAGACUGCCAGUCAUGUUUGUGACCGUGGACGGGAAGGAUUCGUGAACAUGGAGACACCUCCGUUUGAGCAGAAGAGUUACGACGAAACCACCACCGUGUUUGGAAUUGACGAGGAUGGAAGUGUCGUGAAGAGAAGGCGGAAGCGAAGAUCUCUCGGUCGGCGGGUGAGCUUCGCCGAGGCGCCGGCAUAUCACAUUUUCACCCGAGAUGAUGAGUAUGUUUCACCUUCACAUGACGCUCAGGAUGCUCAGGGUUCGGCUCCGCAGCACGUUCCGAAGAGGAGGUCUCCCAGGCUUGCUUCGAAGAUGCCAGCUGCGGGCGGUGACGAUAAGGAGAAUCGGAGACCGGUUCUUUUGAAUGAAGUUGAAGACUGUAAGGGCCGACGAAGUACUAAACCUCUGAGCAAUCUGGAGCAAACGACCGGAAGUCCUGCCUCGAGACCUCCUAGCUGGCAUCCAGCGAAAAAUACAUCGUCUUUGUCACGUGACGAUGGUGAGAUCUGCGAUUUCGUCGACAUUCAAAAUUGUGCGUUGCAGCAGAAAAAUAAUGUUUUCGAUGAGGAUGUCACGUUGGACAGUACGACGUUCACAUUUAAGCUGUCGCAGUUACAAGCCUUGAAGUCGCAGGCCGAUGGGGACCAGGACAAGUUAUUCGAACCAGCUCCAUCGACGAAGAGGAGUUAUGGCAGAAAAACACGUGGGGAGAGUCCAGGCCCUGGCUCUGGAGAGAAUGACACGAGUAUGAGCUUUACCAUGAUACAACCAAUUAUACGACAAAAGCUUGGAAAUCUGCAUUCAGGGCAUGUCGAUGGAAGUACUGACAUGAGUAUUACGAUGCAAGUUUCUCGCAAACAUAGUUCUUUUCUUGGAACUGACGUUAGCAAGCAGGACGAAGUUAUUGAGAUUAUGAAGGCUUACUUGUCAGAAGAUAACGGAGAGCGCUCUCCAGUAGGUGCUCCACUUUCUGAUUUGAAUCUGCCGAAGUCACGGAAGACCUUGCCCACCACUAAAGACACCCAAGUUAGAGUAGACAAGGAUUCCAGGGUAGACAAGGAGAUUGUUGUCCUUACGACUGCUUCUGGAACAGGGGGGACAGAAAGCAAUGUCACCAAAGAAACCUACGCGGAGUUUCAGAAAGAAAGUGUUACCCUCGCGGCAAUUAUUGAGGAGGGUGGAAGUGGAAACCUGAUCGCCCCGGUAAUUCCUGCUGGAAGUGGCAGAGUUAUACCUACCGAAACGGCCAGUCGUCAUGAAGAGACAGAAAACAUUUUUCUUAAUCCAGCAGUCUCUGUUGAGUAUGAGAAAGAUGAUCGCGGUCCACGAGGCCCAAACAGGGAGAUUGAAGCUACCUUGACCAUGGAUGGAAGUGUCUCAGGUACCUACGUACUGGAACCCGGAGGCCACCGAGGUUCCGCCAGAAGGUCGGAUCAAAGCAAAAACAGCACCACAACAGACAAUCAGGAACCAUCUCAACACAACGGGAAUGCACAGAACCUCCAAUUUGCCAUCUUAUCUCAUGAGGAAACUCUCCUUGUGCCAGGAAAUGAAGAGAGAGGUCUCAUCGCAACAGGUUCUGAGGAGCACGGAAAAGAGAACACAGAUCCCACAUCACGUGAGAAGAAAAUUCUCGCUUUCACCGAAGAGACUGCGAAAAGCUUAUUGACGAGAGGAGAUGAUGCUUCUACAGCAACGACACCUGCAAAUACUACAGAUGCCACAGUCACAAACACCACUGAUUUUAGAGGCCAAAAUGACCGUCUCUUUGCUGCAGAUCUCUCUGAAGGCCUAGAAAGAGUAAAUCGUGGAUUGUCGGCAACAUGUCAGAGGGAAGAGGCUACUGUGACUAUGGAUAUGAGUAUCUCACCAACAUCAACAUCUUUGCCGCAUGUAGAGUGCAAGCGCCCCGCAUUGGAAUUGGAGCGGAGUAUAACACUGGAUAUACCUAGUCUUCAGGAUCUUGUUCAGGAGGAAGAAGACGAAGAUAUGGUCACGGACAUGAAGAUGGAUACGGAGAUAGUAUGCUCUAGACCAACGGUAACCUCAAAUCACUGCAACUCAGCAACCAGGGAAAAUCAAGUUGUUCCAGGGUUUGGUAGGAGAAAAAUUCAAGGAGAGGAAGUAUUUCUCAUGGAUAACAGUUUGAACAGGCCUACUUGCAUGAGAGAAAGAGUUUCUGAAAUGUCCAGGGAUGAGUUGGAUCACGAUCGGAGCAUAACUUUGGGCAUACCCCGUCUUGCUGAUAUCAUCAGAGAGGAGGAGGAUUACACUCACAUUGAAGGGCAAAAAGAAGCACCAUCUAACAUGGUGUUUCCUUCCUUGCUUCAUGAAGUCAGAAACGUCCCGUCUUCUUCUGACGGGGAUUUCAGUGGAAGCAUCACUGCUCAAGUUCCAAGGUGUAGCGAUCUCCUUGCAGCGGAUUCGGUUUCACCUGAUAGAGCACCCGCAUGGAACAAGAGUAGGAGGAGCAGUUGGGUUGCGCCUCUUCCCUCCUCCUUACGUUCCUCAGAGUUAGGGCAUGCAGAAGGGGGUGGCAAUAUUUGUGUUACGCCAUGCUCGGAUUCAGGGAUGGAAAUCGUUGACGACUGUGGUGAGCCUACCCUGUAUUCAAGGGAAGUUGCUUCUUUACAAGCCUCACGAGGUGUCCAGGUGGUGAACAUUGAAGCUUCGUCUGCACAAGUUUUAGGCAAAGGUGGAGAAAUGCAUAUAAACCUUCAAAACCUGACUCCAACCGGUGAUUCUGGAGAGAGCAUGGAUAUUGUUGGAGACACCACAGACCCCAUGUUGCUGUCAAGCACUGUUCGACUUGCGGAGCUUUCACAUCAAUCCGAGAAUACGACUCUGGCUGAUUGUGAUGAACAGAUGGUUAUUGUUGAUUCCACACGUCCUCCCGUGCCUUCCGGCAUUGCGCAGAUCCUUGAAGUGUCAGAACGCCCUCGAGACAGAAACUCUGACCGGUCUGAACAAACCACAGACAUUGUGCCAGAAGCAGCAGAUACAGUCCCUCACUUCGGCCCUGUGAAACGCGCGAAGUUCUCAAUGGACGUUGAGAACAGGACUUCUACUGAUGGUUCUGAAGACAACAUGUCGAUGGUCGAGGAUUUGCCUAAACUUAACUCUACCGUGGAACUAUCGUCCAAAAGAAUCGGAAGCAUUAGCCGCUUUGGUGAACCCCAACAAAUCCUGGCUCCGGCCUUGUAUCUUUCGCCUGUAAAACAGAGCCAUAGUGAAGCGAAAGUUCCGAAUUACCAAAAUUAUACUCCUAGUCCUUCGCCCAGGACUUAUGAUGCAAAGGAGCUGAUAAACUCUGUGCUGCAAAGUAGUGCCCGCCUUGCAUCAGUAGGGACAGUGGACAAAACGUUCACGUUUACAUGUCAAACCACAGAGGUUCAGCAACAUUCAUUGAGAAAAUUGCAAGAGAGAUUGACAUUGCAGUUGCAUUCAGCAAAAAAAUUACAACUCUCAGCAGGAAAUCAAUCCUCUGACUGUACACCUACUAUCAGAUACAAAGGGGCUGAGCAAGCUUGUUCUCUGGCUGAUCAGUCAGAUUGUCAGCAUGGCAAGGAUGGCGAUACUAUAUCCGUGGACGACUUUUUCAAACUCACCGAGGUGAACUUUUGCGCAAAACGUGAAAGCUCGGGAUGUGCUUCAAAAGACAAGUUUUCGAUACAAGCAUACCAAGUGAAUACAAUUGAUGCUGCGUUGAAACACUUUUUCUUAGUCCAACCACGGAUCGGGCACAUGAUGGAAGCUUGCAGUCUGGUGCAAGAUGAUCUUGAGAAAAUAAGGACAAAAGAAGCAAGACUCGAAGAUGAACUUACAGCUUCAAAUCCAUCUCUAUUCUCGCGCUUCCAAAAAGUAGGGCCUGGAGAGAAGCAGCAAAUCAAGGGGCGCAUACAUCGACUUCAAACCAAGUGCAGAUUGGUCGAAAAGAGGCAUUGGCUGAAUUUCCGGCUCGGAUUGGAGAAGGACUGGAAUGUUAAGCUCCUACAAUCGAAGAGUGAACUCCAGCUGCAUGUAGAAGAGUUACGUAACGGCAAUAGCUUCUUAGAGGAGAAUUAUCAGCAGAUCUUACACUUGCAAGCUCGAAUCCCGACCAACGAAUUCGAAGUGGAGGAAUAUCCUUCUGACAAGACAGCACCCAAAGCAGUCGAGGAGAAGGCUCGAAAUAAGUGUGCUCUGGAUAAAAUAAAGUACCUGAAGGAGCAGUUGGUGGAUGUAAAUUCGUCCGCAAAGACCAAACUCGAGAAAUUGCUGAAUAGAACAAAGGUAACUGAGGAAGCUUUGAGAACGUCCAAGGAACGUCUGGCAUUUUCACAAUGUCGUCUACACGAUUUACAAACCAAACUAGCCGAACAUGUGCGCAUGGGGCACAGCCCCGCUGCAGGUUUACAAAUUGCUGCGAGGCCAGAGCUCUACGUGAAAGAGAUGUCGAACAAAGUGUCGCUCUUGAAGGCCUUACAGGGUGGAUGGCAAGUCGCGGUUGUUGGCCAGGAUAUUGUGGAACUCAGCUACACACGUAAAUACCUUUUGGACACGGUCGGACUUGUGAAAAGAAGACUGGUUGUAGCGAAAACCGCUGGCACGUCACAUGUCAUCGAAAGCACUUGGGAUGUGGAUUUUGCGGGUGUUGAGCUGAUUUUCUCGAGGAUAAAUGCCGUCGAAAUGUUCAAGCAAACGUUCACUGACAGACCGGAUGUCAGAAAGUCCCAAAGCUUGCGCUCUUACAUUCAGGCUACUAGGUUUCUGGUCAGCAAUCUUUUAGUACUGAUGGAAGAGAUCGGGGAGUGCCAAAAGGUGACCAAGGCCUUUGCUCGUGGAGUUCUUGUUGUUCCACGCUUCCUUCUGAAUGAUGAUGAGCAAAUGCAGUUGGAGAUAAAGUUUAUGGAUUGCUUACUUUCAGUAAAUUUCAUUCUUACUCUGGGCAUGACUUAUGCACAACGAGAUGGAUACCCUUUCGGAGCAAUGCCCGCCAAAGUUGACAUGGUAAUGUGCCCUCGGAGUCUUUCUCACAAGCUCAAUAGCGCAGCAUUGGAAGGUGCCAUAGUUGGUGUGGAGCCUGGCUUUCACAGGGUGAAGCGAAUCUGUGCAGCAAUGGGCUCCUUUCUAGCAACUCUCAGGGAUAUUCGUGUGGAUUGAUGGGCCCAAUCAGUCCACAUGAUGUAAAUUUUUAUGUACACUAUGUGUAAAAGCCACGUGUAGACCUAGUCUGAGGAAGCUGUUGCUGUUGAGGGUGUUGCCGUUGCUUUAUAUUCUCUAUCCAAGAGCCGAAGAUGUGAAUGCUGGUAAGUGUUCAAAGAUAAUGUCCCAGUCGAAUUUGGUGCCAAAGUCACACAAAAAGUCAUGCCAGAAAGGUUCCGUGUCUACUUCAAGGUACAGAGUGACUCAGAUUUCACUCAUCCUGGUUUGUGGACCGUCGUUUGGGCUGAUGUCGUCUGCAAGCUCUCAAACUGAACACGCUCAUAUCUGCCUCUGCUGCCGCCAACUUGGUUCAAGUGCAGCAGUGGGGAAUUCAUUACUCCA